AUGAAGGGCUUCCGGCAGAGAGUUCAUGAGCAGCUCUCACGGGCUAACAAGGACAAAUCAUCCAAAAAGAAAGAAACUAGCUCGGGCACCUCUUCACCUUCGCAUGCGAGCUCGGGCACCCACUCGCCCUCCGGCUCAGCCCACGCUACGCCAACCUCGUCCACUACCCAACUGAUAGACACUCGCAAUAAACCUCUGCCAGCCGGCGACGGUGCUGGGGGUGUGAACGCAACUGCAGGAGCUGCGCCGUCGAGCGUGCCGAGUGCGCUGUCUGCCGGACCGCAAUUCUUGACUGGACAACAGCCACCUGCGAUGGGGUUGGGCGGUGCAAGCAGUCCAGGUGCUACUGGCCCCGGCACACCUCACAGGCCGAAUCAAUCGCUCGCUCCAAGCGUCGUGAUAAGUCCCAGCGCACCGCACGUUCCGCCACCUGGUGCCGCAGAGACGAUGCCUGGCGAUCUUCUUCCUCCCAAAGCCGGCCAGAAGUCGCUGCUCUACGACCGUCUCCAGACUACGCCAAAGGAUGUUGCCGAAGGCAUCCGCACCCCGAAGCGCCAACACUCGUCUAGAUUUGACAUAUCGGAUCAAAGACAGCGCGAGUUAGAAAAGCUCCCUGGUUUCCACGAGGUCCCUCCGAACAAGCGCGAAGAGCUGUUCAUGCAGAAAAUUGACCAAUGCAACAUCAUCUUCGACUUCAACGACGCUAGCGGUGACAUGAAGUCCAAGGAGAUUAAGCGGCUAGCUUUACACGAGCUGCUUGACUAUGUCGCCAAUAAUCGACAAGUCAUCACAGACCGGAUGUAUCCUCGCGUGGUCGAAAUGUUCAGCAAAAAUUUGUUCCGGCCGAUUCCCCCGCCGAUGAAUCCUCAAGGCGAAGCUUUCGAUCCCGAAGAAGAUGAACCGGUUCUUGAAGUAGCCUGGCCCCAUAUCCAAGUGGUCUACGAGUUCUUCCUCCGUUUCAUCGAGAGCCAGGACUUCAAUACCAAUAUUGCCAAGCAGUACAUAGAUCACAGCUUUGUCCUACAGCUCCUUGAGUUGUUCGACUCCGAAGAUCCCAGAGAACGAGACUUUCUGAAGACGACCCUUCACCGGAUAUACGGCAAAUUCCUCAACCUUCGGUCAUACAUCCGUCGGUCAAUAAACAACGUCUUCUUCCAAUUCGUUUACGAAACGGAGCGCUUCAACGGCAUCGCCGAGCUCCUGGAAAUCCUCGGAUCCAUCAUCAACGGAUUUGCUCUUCCACUAAAAGAGGAGCAUAAGCUCUUCUUAACACGAGUCCUUCUACCUCUCCACAAAGUGAAGAGUCUGAGUAUGUAUCACCCACAGUUGGCGUAUUGUAUAGUACAGUUUUUGGAAAAGGAUGCGGCGUUGACUGAAGAGGUUGUUUUGGGACUUCUGCGAUAUUGGCCAAAGGUGAACAGUACGAAAGAGGUCAUGUUCUUGAACGAGGUGGAAGAUAUUUUCGAGGUCAUGGACCCGGCAGAGUUUGCCAAGGUUCAAGAACCUUUGUUCAAUCAACUAGCAAAAUCCGUGGCAAGCCCACAUUUCCAGGUUGCUGAGAGGGCACUCUACUUCUGGAACAACGAGUACUUCUGCAACCUCGUCAGCGACAACGUUGAAGUCAUCUUGCCGAUAAUGUUUGCGCCACUUUACGAAAACUCGAAAGGCCAUUGGAAUCGCAGGACUAUCCACGGCAUGGUGUACAAUGCAAUGAAGCUGUUUAUGGAAGUCAAUCCCCAACUUUUCGACGACUGCUCUCACGACUACGCCGAAUCCCAGAACAACGCGGAUCAAAGACAACAAGCGCGACAAUCGAGGUGGGACAAGCUGUCUGAGCUGGCGAAAGCUAGACAGAAUGGAUAUGUUGAGCCAAAGCCGGCAGCACCUACCGGGCAAAGCUCCAAGGUCAGCUCACCAAUGCGGUUAGACGAGUCCGAUCCAUUGAGCCAGGACAGUCAACGCCGAUUGGAAGCACUCCGGCUUCAGGACGACGCGAUGUCAGCUCGAGACAGAAGGCCAAAGGAUUAUGAGAGGCAAACUCAGAAUUCGGUACGUUGA